CCAAGACAUCAAUCAGCCUUCCAGCCUCCCUUGAUCAUUUCCCAAGAACCCUGAAAAAUUCUCACCCAGCGUCUUCUGUCAAUCACCGUCUUCCCAAUCACCCAAACAUACCAAAUAUGAAGUUCACUUUCGGGGUACUUUCCAUCGUCGCAACCAUCCUUAGCACUCCAACAGUUACGGCUGUCCCCACACAUGGCUUUCUUGGCAGACACGGAGGCUAUGGUGGCGGGUACGGUGGAGGAUACGGUGGCGGGUACGGUGGAGGAUAUGGUGGGGGGUACGGUGGGGGUUAUGGAGGCUACGGUGGAGGCUAUGGAGGCUUAGGUGGAGGGUACGGAGGUUAUGGUAGAGGAUAUGGUGGAGGCUAUGGAGGAGGCUAUGGUGGAGGAUAUGGAGGAGGGUACGGCGGAGGUGGUGGAGGACUUGGCUUUGGGCUCGGCCUUGGUGCAGGCGUCGGCAUCGGCAUCUAAACUAUUUGGCGUUGGCAUGCUAUAAGCCCAC